AUGCGACUUAGGACUGCAUCUGGAGACGUGGUCCCUAUCAACUUGGAAAUCGAAGCCACUUGUCGGCGUAACAACGCUGCAAGAAGAAGAAGGGAACAGGACACCGAAGGAAGCAGUCACACAUCACCUCCUCUCUCUCCACAUCACGCUGAAAUGGACGGGGAACAGGCACGAAGAGUCACCUUAGAAGACUUCUCCAACACCGCUACUCCUCAGUUCUUCACAAGUAUUGCAAGACCGGAGGUGCAAGCAGCAAAUAUCUCCUACCCGCAUUCCCUUAUCCAGCUUAUUCAAGGGAAUCUCUUCCAUGGUCUUCCAAGCGAAGAUCCAUAUGCUCACCUUGCCUCAUACAUUGAAAUAUGCAACACUGUAAAGAUCGCUGGAGUCCUAGAAGAUGCGGUACGCCUUAACCUCUUCUCCUUUUCUCUAGCAGGAGAGGCAAAACGAUGGUUGCACUCUUUCAAAGGCAACAACUUAAGAACCUGGGAAGAAGUGGUGGAAAAGUUUUUAAAGAAAUACUUCCCAGAGUCGAAGACCGCCGAAGGGAAAAUGGAGAUUUCCUUCUUCCACCAAUUUCCGGAUGAGUCCCUCAGCGAAGCACUAGACCGUUUCCACGGGCUGUUACGAAAGACACCGACACACGGAUAUAGCGAGCCGGUACAACUGAAUAUAUUCAUCGAUGGCUUGCGGCCCCACUCGAAACAGCUACUAGACGCGUCCGCAGGGGGAAAAAUCAAGUUGAAGACUCCGGAGGAAGCAAUGGAGCUCAUCGAGAACAUGGCGGCCAGUGAUCAAGGAAUCCUUCGUGAUCGAAGCUAUGUGCCUACAAAAAGAAGCCUUUUGGAACUUGGCACGCAAGACGCGACAUUGGCACAGAAUAAGCUGUUGACGAGGCAGAUUGAAGCCCUUACCGAAACCCUCAGCAAACUACCUCAACAGUUACAAGCGGUAAGUUCUUCCCACUCUUCUGUUUUGCAGGUAGAAGGAUGCCCCACAUGCGGAGGAACCCAUGAGCCUGGACAGUGUGUAAGCCAACAGGAUACUUCUCGAGAAGUAAACUAUAUGGGCGUACCAAAUCGCGGAUAUCAGGGUUAUAACCAGGGGAACUCAUCUGGAUUCCACCAAGGGGGAGCAGGAUUCAAUCAUGGGCCACCAGGAUUCAAUCAAGGAAGGAACUUCACGCAAGGUUCAGGGUGGAGGAAUCAGGGAAAUCAGUACAAGGAGCAGAGGAAUCAACAACCAUACCAACCGCCAUACCAGCAUCCUAGCCAGGGCCCCAAUCAGCAAGACAAGCCCACCAACAUAGAAGAGCUCUUGCUGCAAUUCAUCCAGGAGACACGGUCCCAUCAGAAGAGCACGGAUGCAGUCAUUCGGAACCUGGAAGUUCAAAUGGGCCAAUUGGCACAAGACAAAGCUGAAAGGCCCACUAGAACUUUCGGGGCUAACACAGAGAAGAAUCCAAAGGAAGAAUGCAAGGCCGUGCUAACUCGAGGGCAGAGGAAAGCACAAGAGGAAGGUAAGGUUGAGGAAGAAGACCAGACAGUGGAAGAUAAGACAGAGACACAAGAGGACAGGACAGAAGUAGAAGAGAAGGUGGCAUCACCACCUAAAACCAAGAGCCAGAAAGCACGAGAAGCCAGGAAAGAAGAACCACCAGCCCUACCACAAGAUCUCCCAUAUCCUGUGGUGCCCACCAAGAAGAAUAAGGAACGCUACUUCAAGCGUUUCUUGGAAAUAUUCAAAGGGCUGGAGAUCAUUAUGCCAUUCGGGGAAGCCUUACAGUAG